AUGUUACCUUCGUUCCUUCGCCAUUUCCACCACGCCACGCUUCCGUCGGACGAACUUGCGCGGGCUCAGUCUCUUGUUGUCUCUUCAUGGAUCGUUGGGGUCUCCUUCGGUGUACCAACGGGCAUCCCUAUUUGCUCACGCCUCGGACGGAAAGAAUGUCUCGUCUUCAGUGCCGCGGUGUACGUUCUUGGAACGGUAUUGCAGGUCGUCAAUGCUGGAUCAGCACUUUGGCUGUUUGAAGUCGGGAGGUUCCUGAAUGGCUACGGAGUUGGCGCUGGCACUUUGGUUUCGCCUAUCUAUAUUUCCGAGAUCUCAAUUCCCUCCGAUAGAGGCAUGCUCAUGUCCGGCUAUCAAGUUGUGAUCCACGGCUGCGCUCUCAUCGACAAUGGCCGUUGUCUCCCAGUUGCCGUUCAGCUGCUCCCUGGAAUUAUCCUGCUUCUUGGCACUCUCUCUAUCAAACAAACCCCGCACUACCUCGCUGCUACGGACAACAUCGAUCAAGUGGAGGAUUCUCUGUCCUGGAUCCGAGGACUGCCCAUCACCGAUAAGGGCGUAAAGCUCGAGGCCAAAGAGAUUUCUAUGACGGUGCUCUCUGGCGUACGUCGGCAAGCCAUCCACAAAAAGCAUUUCCUCCGUGAGGCACUCAGCCAUCCAAUCCGCAAGCGCCUGACCGUCGGAGUCGGCCUGAUUGUCGCACAGAACAUGUCGGGAAUGAACGCGCUGAAUUAUUAUGUGGCAAUCAUAUUUCUGACGGCAGGCUUCAAAAGCGUGUCGGCGCGCCCGUUUCUGACGGGAACAUUUGGCUUCGCCAAGCUCGUUGCCGCGCUCCUGUUCAUGUUCGUCUGUGUGCGUAUCUACGGGAACCGCUUUUGGCUCCUCUGGGGGACCAGCAUAUGUGCUAUAUCAAUGUUCGUGCUGGGAUAUUGUACGGCAACAAUGCCAGAGUCGUCAGCGGAUGGAACCGUCCCGUCUAUGGUCCGCGCCACGGUUUGCGUCAUGAGCGUCUACGUGUACGCAAUCGCAUUCGGGGUUUCGAGCGGGCCGAUUGCCUGGAACGUCUGCAGUGAGAUCUUCCCUUCUUACAUCAACGCACAAUGCUGCGCGGUCACGACGUGCACACGGUGGUUGUUCCAGAUCAUCGUGGUGGCCAUCACGCCCAUCCUGCUCGCCUCCAUUGGGCCGAUGACCUUUGUCUUCUACGGCCUCUGCAACAUCCUGGGAAUGAGAUUCUACUACUUCUGCGUGCCUGAGACAACGGGUAUCGCGCUGGGGAAGGAGAUGAGUCGUGUUUUUAGCCAGCAGGACCUCAAGAACGGCGAAGACGGUGAAACUGUGGAGGAGGUGGAGCACGUUGCCGAUGAUGAGACGCCUUUACUUGCUGCGGAGACGAAGAGGAGGAGAAGAAGUUCAAGUGGAAUUGUAGGGUGA